GUUCUUACUGGUGCUGAUCGUGCCUUUGCAGGGCAUUUCGAAGGGAGCACAGUCAAUUCUGUAAGGUCGUUCCAAACAGAAUUUCCAAAAAGAAUAGCCAGAAAAGUAAGUUCUAACUGACCGUUAUCACCUUUCAGCUAUCUGAAGUUCUCACAGUGGAGGGUAAUUAUCUUCGAAGGGAAUAGGGCAUAGGAAUGAUCACUUGUGAAUGGGACACGCCAACGCGAAUGUUGCUGGAGUUUACUUAUUAAUGCAGCAGGAGGGAUGUACAGUACCAUGCUGACAGUCAACCAUGGGUGACUGGAGUUUCUUGGGCAACAUCCUUGAGGAAGUAAAUGAGCAUUCAACAGUCAUCGGUAGGGUGUGGCUGACAGUCCUCUUCAUCUUCCGAAUCCUCAUCCUGGGCACAGCUGCGGAGUUCGUGUGGGGUGACGAGCAGUCGGAUUAUGUGUGCAACACACAGCAGCCAGGUUGCGAGAACGUUUGCUAUGAUGAGGCCUUCCCCAUUUCACACAUUCGCCUUUGGGUACUCCAGAUCAUCUUUGUUUCCACACCCUCUUUGGUGUACGUGGGUCAUGCUGUCCACCAUGUACAUAUGGAGGAGAAACGCAAAGAACGGGAGGAGGCAGAGCUAAACAGGCAGCAAGAAAAUGAGGAAAGGCUGCCACUUGCACCCGAUCAGGGUAGUGUCCGUACAGCCAAGGAGACAAGCACAAAGGGCAGCAAGAAGUUCCGUCUAGAGGGCACUCUGUUAAGGACCUAUAUCUGCCACAUUAUCUUCAAGACUCUCUUUGAGGUAGGCUUUGUGGUGGGUCAGUACUACCUGUAUGGCUUCCGAAUCCUGCCACUCUACAAGUGCAGCCGCUGGCCAUGCCCAAAUACGGUCGAUUGUUUUGUCUCAAGACCUACGGAGAAAACUGUUUUUAUCAUCUUCAUGCUGGCUGUGGCCUGUGUCUCGCUUUUUCUCAACUUUGUGGAAAUUAGCCAUUUAGGUCUGAAAAAGAUCCACUUUGUGUUCCGUAAACCAGCCCGGCCGCAAGUUGAGGGACCAGGGGUGGCCGAGAAGGCCCUGCCUUCCAUGGCAGACACCUCUAUCCAGAAAGCCAAAGGCUACAAGCUAUUGGAGGAGGACAAAGCCACAUCGCACUUCUUCCCCAUGACAGAGGUAGUAGGGAUAGAGGCUGGGCGGCUACCGGCUUCUUACAAGUCAUUUGGGGAGAAAUCCAAUGAGGCAUCUGCACCUCAGAAAGACAUGUCGAAGGUGUAUGACGAAACGCUGCCCUCCUAUGCCCAGAUGACAGUGAUAGGGCCAAGUGCGACAGGAGUUCUAAGCAGGGACGAAGAAGAGGAUGAGUUGGCUGUGGAAGCAGACUUGGAAGCCAGUGAGACGAUAGAAGAUACACGACCGCUAAGCAGCCUAAGCAAGGCCAGCAGCCGUGCAAGGUCAGAUGACUUGACAGUAUGAAUAAUAUAGAACUGGAUUAGAAGUGCAGCAAUAAAAAGUGUAGUUAUACUGAAGAAAGUAAAAACUAGUGAGAGAAAGAGAGGUGCCUUUCAGCAACUGUGACACUUAUAAUACCAGCUUAUUAUUUUGAAGAGGAAAAAGAUUUUUUAAAACAAUGCUGUGCAAUUUUCGUGAGGAAACUUGAGAGCUUGAUACACUUUUUUUUAUACAGCAGUAUUUUUUGUACUGGUUUUACAAAUCAAACCGAUUUAAAACAUUAACAAACCAAAGGUAGAGAUCUGCAGCAGCAAAGUCAACAUAGGGAGGAGUGAGUCUGGAGAAAUUAUGUAGGAAAAUAUGUGCUGUUUUUUUAAUAAAAAAACUUUCUAUCCAGAAUUUUACUUAUCUAAGGUGAGAUUCUGAUGUUUACAUUAUUUGAUUAGCCAUUAGCCAAAUGUUGUAUGUGAUAUUUAGUUUUUAUUAUUAUUAUUCUGAUAAGAAAACUGUCAGGGCAUCAUCCUUUUCACCUCAAUAAGUUCAAACAUACAUGAUAAUUACUCAAUCACUUUUAUUGUUUUGUAUGUAAAUGGUACUGCAGUGGCUGUCAUGGAUGUGUAUGUGCGAGGUGAAACAAAUGCUGAUAGUGUCAUUGCACAGUUGAUCAUCAUGGCAUACUAUCAAAAUAUAGACUAUUUAUUUCAAAGAAAUGUUCACCACAGAUAUAUGUGAAGCAUCAUACAUUGUUUCUGGUUUCACUCACUUGCAUUGAUAUAAAUUUCAUUAAAUGUAGGUUAGAGUGUAUUUAACAAUAAUUGUAAUAAUUGCAUUAGCCAUAGAAAAGAUUGUAGGCCACAUUCUUUCUAGUCUCACUGUGCAUGCAGCCAUUAUAAUAAAGAUCACGCUCAAUCAGCACAAAGUAUUGUUCAACGAGAGACAAUAAAACAGCAUUACAGGGCGUGUCAUUACAGACAGUCAGAUAUCCUUGACAUCAUUGGAAAAAACAUGUUCACACUUGUGCCCUCCAUGACACUAAUAUAAAAAUUUUUUUAAAAAAAGGCCACUAUAAAACAUUUCAGAGGACAAGAAUAAAAGGGCUCUGCCGCUGAUUUGACUUAAAAUAAAAAGUAGGCCUUAGACAUUAGUGUGAUACAUAGCAAAAAAAAAAUAAAAAAAAUAAUUGAUUCUAAAUGUCAUGUAAGUUUCAUUUGAAAAGAAAAGUUUUUAAAAGAUUACUAUUUUUUUUUUUUUGCCUCUUUUGUUUUACAUGAGUGGGAAACAUUCUGACCAAUCAAAAUGUCCUUUUGUUUCUGAAUACUUUCACAGUUCUACCAAAGUCAUAGGAAAUAAUUUAAUGAAAUAUUAAAAAAAAAAAAAAAUGUCAAAAGAGUUCACAAUGCCUGUUUUAUUUAUUUAUUUAUUUAUUUGCUUUUCAAUGUUUUUUUUUUUGUUGCUUUUUGCUUUUCACAUUUUGUUUAUUUUAUUUUUAUUUUAUUUUUGCUGCACAUGGUUUAAUAUUGUAGUUUGGUUUGAAUGUAAAACUGUUGUUUCAUGUUGCUGAUAAACCUUUCAAGCAAUGCAAAGAACUGAAUGACAAAAAAUUUAAAACUUUUUGUUUGCUUGCACAUCACUAUUCUCUUCCUGUAUUCAUCCACUUUUCGGUGGUCAUGUGUUGUGUAUGAAUAAUGUAUUACUUUGUGUGCUAAAAACACACAUGAUGCUUUCAGCAGACUGCAUGAACUUUGAAGAAGAAUGUUAGAUCCAGACUUAAAUAGAACAUAAAGGCCAUAAAGUAGGUCAAGAGAAGCUUUCUUUCAUUACCUGUGAAAUUAAAAAAACAAACAACCAGCUGUGAUGCAUCCCAGCACAAAGUUUUCCAGCUGAUAUGCAAAGAAGUUUGUGGCAGACAGCUGAUUCUAUAUUUUGCAGUGGACACAAAGGGUUAAGAUGAAAGAUUUGGAGAUUUGGGGGUGGGGAUGCAAAAAUUACAUCUCAUUAAUGGUUAUUGGUUCUUGAGUUUUGGAAAAUUUGGCAAAGUCAUUUUUAAUUAAUUUGUUUAAGGUCUUCUGUUGCUUUUAAAUUAUUUUACUUUUUUUCUUUUCUUUUUAUUUUUUUUCAAUUCUUAAACACAAAACAUCCUUUUUACUAACUUGUAUUCCUGAUAAAUGAUCAUAAAUUAAAACCUGUGGAAAUAGCCAAUAAAAGUUCAUGUGUG